CCCACCUUCCUUCCUAGAAAUUUCUUGGUUCCUUCCUCAACUUCUAAUUUUAUGAUUCCUUUUGAUUAGAAUCCGUCUUUUUUUUCCAGCUUAAAUACUUUACCUCCGCAACACCUUUCACAUAGGCAAGAUUCAAUUGAAGACUGUCUUAUAGUUUUGACAUACACGUAGCUUGGUUGGCAAUGGCUUCCACAAGGGCUCAAAUGGCGUUUGAUUCUUCUCCUUCCAACCUUGGUUGGACUCAUGACGUGUUCUUGAGUUUUAGAGGGGAAGACACCCGUUACAAUUUCACUGAUCACUUACAUAAUGCUUUGGUUGGAAAAUGCAUUAGAACUUUCAGAGAUGACCAACUUACGAGAGGAGAAAAAAUUGCGCCAGAGCUUCUAAAUGCUAUUGAAAAAUCAAGAUCUUCCAUUGUUGUUUUCUCAAAGACUUAUGCUGAUUCAACGUGGUGCCUAGACGAGCUUGCAAAGAUCAUAGAGUGCAGACGGGAAUAUAGUCACAUAGUAUUGCCAAUUUUCUAUCAUGUGGAUCCAUCGGAUGUACGUAAACAAAUAGGGAGCUUUGGAAAAGCAUUCACCGAGUAUGAAAAAACUUUGAAGAACAAGGUACAAAGUUGGAGGGAGGCCUUGACUGAAGCAGGCAAUCUUUCUGGAUGGCAUGUAAAAGAGGGGUAUGAAUCAGAGCAUAUCAAGAAAAUUACUACCACCAUCGCCAAUAGAAUAUUGAAUUGUGAACUCUUGUUUGUUGAGGAUAAUUUAGUUGGAAUGGAUUCCCAUUUUAAAAAAAUAAGUUUGAGAUUAAGUAUGGAGUCAAAUGAUGUUCGCAUGGUUGGGAUAUGUGGACUUGGUGGAAUAGGUAAAACAACCAUUGCAGCAUACAUAUAUAAUCAAAUUUCUUGGGGAUUUGAAUGUAGUAGCUUCCUUGAAAAUGUAAAAAAAGUUUACAAAAAUAAAGGUCUACUUGGUUUACAAAAUCAACUUCUUAAUGAUAUCCUAAAAGGAGCAAAUCAAAAGAUAAGAAAUAUUCACCGAGGAGCCCAUGUGAUAAAAAAUAGUCUUUCCCUUCAAAAGGCUCUUAUUGUUUUUGAUGAUGUUGAUGAUAUGGACCAAUUAGAAUUUUUAGUUGGAAAUCAUGCUUGGUAUGGUAAAGGAAGUAGAAUCAUCAUCACAACUAGAGAUAAACAAUGCCUAACUAUGCUUAAUGUGGAUUACCUAUAUGAGGUUGAAGGACUAGAAUCCAAUGAGGCACUUGAGCUCUUUAGUCGAUAUGCCUUUCGAUCAAAUCUUCCAAAAGAGGGUUUUGAAAAUCUCUUAGAUCAAGUGAUACAUUAUUGUGAAGGUCUUCCAUUAGCUUUGAAGGUUUUGGGUUCUCUUUUAUGUGGCAAGACAAUACGUCAAUGGGAAAGUGCAUUGCACAAAUUGGAAAAAGAACCUGAAGUGAAAAUUCAAAAUGCACUUAAAAUAAGCUUUGAUGGAUUAGACAGUACACAAAAGAGGAUACUCCUUGACAUUGCUUGUUUUUUUCAAGGUGAAGAUAAAGACUUUGCUUCAAAAAUAUGGGACGGUUAUGAGUUGUAUGGCGAAAUAAAUAUAGGAGUUCUAUUGGAGAGAUGUCUUAUAACUAUCUCAAAGAAUAGGCUACAUAUGCAUGGUUUGAUUGAGAAAAUGUGCAAGAAAAUUGUUCAAGAACAACAUGACAAAAAGCCUAGCAAAUGGAGCAGAUUAUGGAAUCCGGAUGAUAUCUAUUGUGCAUUUGUAAGUGGAGAGGGGAUGGAAAAUGUUGAAACCAUUUCUCUAGACUUGUCUAGAUCAGAAGAAAAAUGGUUCAGUACAAAAAUAUUUGCCCAGAUGAAGAAAAUGUUUGCCAAGAUGAAGAAACUUAGAUUGCUCAAAGUCUAUUAUAGUCUUGGCGAUGAGCAUAAAAUGUCUCUUCCUAAAGACUUUGAAUUUCCUCCUAAUUUAAACUAUCUUCAUUGGGAAGGUUUAGUGUCUUUGCCUUCAAAAUUUCAUGGAGAGAAGCUUGUUGCAAUCAACUUGAAGUCUAGCAACAUAGAAGAACUUUUGAAAGGGGAGAAGUGUUUUCCAGAAUUGAAGUUCAUUGAUCUAAGUAACUCACAAUGGCUCAUCAAAAUACCGAAAUUCUCAAGGAUGCCAAACUUGGAGAAACUUAAUCUUGAAGGUUGUGUAAGCUUCAGCAAACUUCAUUCAUCUAUUGGCACAUUUUCUGAGAUGAAAUUUUUGACAGAGCUUAAUUUUAGUGAGAGUGGAAUUAGAGAACUCCCAAGCAGCAUUGGGUCCUUGAUAUCUCUUGAAACUCUUAAUCUCUCAAAGUGUUCAAAGUUUGAGAAAUUCCCUGAUAUUCUCUUUGUGAAUAUGAGACAUUUAAAGAGACUUGAGUUAUCUGAUAGUGGUAUUAAAGAACUCCCAACCAGCAUUCUACAGUUGGAAUCCCUGGAAUUCUGCUAUCUCGAUGGUUGUUCAAAUCUAGAGAUUUUUCCGGAGAUCAUGGAGGAUAUGGAACAUUCAAAAGGCCUUUCUUUACGUAAAAAACGUCUGGGAAUGUUGAACUUGGGCAAUUGUAAGAACCUUGAGACUAUUCCAAACAUCAUUGGUAAUUUGACGUGUUUUCGUCAACUAUUUGUUUUUAACUGUCCAAAGCUCCACAAAUUGCCCGACAGUCUGAGAAGCAUGCAGUUAAAACAACUAGAUGUAAGUGGUUGCAAUCUGAUGGCAGGAGCAAUCCCCGAUGAUUUAUGGUGCUUGUUCUCAUUAGAAGUGUUAGAUGUGAGUGGAAACAAUAUUGAUUGCAUACCUGGUGGCAUCAUUCGUCUUUCUCGGUUGCGUGUCCUUUUCAUGUAUGACUGCUUGAUGCUUAAAGAAAUUCCAGAGCUUCCAUCAAGUCUAAGACGGAUAGGCGCACAUGGUUGUCCACUCCUGGAAACUUUAUCAAGUGAUGCAAAGCAUCCACUCUGGUCCUCUCUUCACAACUGCUUAAAAUCACACAUUCAGGAAGUACCACCAUGUACAACAUACGGGAAGUGCCACCAUGUACAAGUUGUCAUUCCAGGAAGUAGAGGAAUACCAGAGUGGAUAAGUCAUAAGAGUAUGGGACAUGAAAUAACAAUAGAUCUCCCAAAGAAUUGGUAUGAAGAUAGCAACUUCUUGGGAUUUGCUUUAUUCCGUCAUCUUGUUCCAUUUGAUUAUGACGAUUACGUUCAUGCUGGCAAUGGUACUCUUCGAUUGUUGAUAUCCGAUGGUGAUCAAUUUGGACACGUGGAGACGAUACAGUUUAUUCCGAGUUGUAUAGACACAUUAAUUGCAGAUCCAGCAUUGAUGGCGGUCUAUUUCCCUCAGAUUGCCAUUUCAAGUAAGUAUCGAUCCAAUAGGUGGAACAAGUUUAAGGCUGGCUUUUCGGCCCUUGCGUAUCUUGCCAAGUCACUUUUCAAAGUGAAAAGUUGUGGGAUCCAUCUCAUAUAUGACCAUGGCCAAGAUCACCCUCAACAGAGCCUUCAACUAUUCAAUGUCAAAAGAAGCCAUGAUGAUACAGAGGAUCACCCACAUGUCUAGUUUCCAGCUCCCUCCGCCAAGGCUUUCAGCGAAGCGUUCCUCUCUCUCCCAUCAACUUUGGUUUCGGUCUCUCUUCUCAUCGUUGACGAAUCACAAACCUCACCGGCGCAAUGGGCAAUGAAAUAUUCCUGUUGCCGAAAACGCUGAUCGGUCGGAGAUUAAAGCCCUAGAUCAACCAGAAUCUCACUGAAGAACCCUACAGAAAAAAGAGCAUCCUUGAGACUUCGAAAACAAGUUCGAGAAGACAUUUUGUUUAGAUGUUCUUCCUUAGCUUGAUUGAGCACACGCUGCAAUUGCGGCCUCAUCUUCUGGACCUUCCCCUCAAUGAAGCCGUCAAAAGAGAGUUUGAAAGUCUCUUCUUAGACAAGCCAAAAUUGAUGAUUUUGAGCAGAUUCGCCCACAAGAACUGAAUGAACAAAAUAGAGAAGCCUUAGUUGCUGAGAAUAAUCUGAGUAAAAUUGCUCAUGAUUCAAGAUUUAAUUCUUAAAGUUGGAGAGUGCUUGGAGGCAAGAAGCUUAUUCUUAUUCUCUUCUUUCCUUUUUUAAUUAUUGUAAGGGUUCAAUAUUUCCUAGAGUUGUCUAAUUGUCUCCUAGGUGACUUCUUUCCCUUUCUGUAGGCAUUAUUAAGUAUAUAUAUAAGCAGUGAUUUUAAAUCUAAAACUUAAUUAUACUAUUUGCCUUUUGAGUAGUUAGGAUUAAGACUUCUUGAGUAAAAUAGGAAUCUCUCUACUGUACUCUUUCUUCCCCACUCUUCCUUCCCCUUUAGGACAUUGCUUUGCAGAAGUAGCAUUUGUUAUCUCACUGACACUUGGUGUGAACCUGCUGCCUGCAUAGCUUGCCUAUAUAGGCAAUAUAUAGAGUGAUUUAUCACAACAGGAUUUAUCACAACAGGUAGUUUCGUUUUAUAGUGAUUUCAAACACAAUAUAUUUCUGAAUUUUAUUUUACCUGCUUCCUAUUCCCGUUUACUCUUCCUUAUGAGGUAUACACCAUUUGUAUCAACUUAAAACAUGGCCUUCCAUUGAUAUACAAUAGUUUGGUUCAUUGCAGUUGGUCCAUUGAUAUAAAGUGUACCACCUUGCUGUAAGUCCAGGCAACCAUCAAAAUUUUUAGCCAUGUAAAUGAAAAUUUUGUAUAUGAUGGAUAAUUGCAUCCUUACACCUUAUUGUUUCAGUUCAUUUAUAACAUAAAACUCGGGUAUGGUCAAUGAACUCACUUCAUGAAUUUUUGGUAAUGCCCAAGCUCAAGCUUGAGUUUUAAGUCAAUUAUAUAGAGACUGAAAAAGAACACUACUGCUUAAACCUUAAAUUUGAGCUAGGAAAAGCGUGAGCUUUAAUUUUUGUUACAUUGUAGACACUCCUAAAACUUGGUAUUCUAUUUCCAAUGAAAAGAGACAAAAAGAGCACUACCAUGCUGGAGCUUACUUUUUCUUAAUAACUGGACUCACACAUAAGCUGCUUUUUUCGUCCUAAAUUCUGUAUAUUUAAUUAUCAUGCAACAAGGCCAGAAAUUACAAAGUAAUUCCAACCAUGGUUGUUUUUCCUUAUUCAUCUUCUCACAUUUUCAUUUUCGACCCAAAAUAGCUAGAGAUAUUAUUUUCUUUGAUUGCUUUCUCUUAUAUCGGGUUCCAAAUGGUAUGAAAAAACUUCUAGGCUUGCAAAUACUUCUCUAAAAUCUAAUUUAUAGUACUAUUGCUGACUUGCUUUUGAACUAUUCUUUCCCCUUCAUUUUCCAAUACUAUAUAUUCUCUCUCUCUCUCUCUCUCUCUCUUUUUUUUUUUUUUUCCUUUUUGAUAAGAACAAAACAACUCCUUCACAAUAUGAGCCAACUGAUGUUCCAUUUUCUUUCAAAAAUGGUUCCCUUAACAGCCAUGCAAAUUUUCUGCAUAAAAUAGACCAUUUUCUUCAAUAUUGAUUAGAAAGGUGAACUCCGGUGAAGUUUACAUGUAAGAUGUGAUCAUAUUAUGAACUAAUUCUCUUUUAUCUUUAUUUGCUAUCUUCUUAUUGGCCUUCACUUUUAACUUCCGUUUAUCUUUUUUUUUUCUUCUGGAUUACAACCCCAAAAAUCUGCCAACCUGCCUACAAAAGAAAAGAAUUGUUUAGUGGAGCACAUUGUGUGAAGUUCUAUAUUUGCAAAUAAGUUUACUUCUUGUUCUUGUUCUGACUAGGUAAAAAGGGAAAAAGAAAAACAAUUACUGAGGCAGUUUUUUGUGGAGAUUCUGGACAAGUGCCUCACUCUAGAAUGAUUGAUUUGCUUCCUAGCUUCUUGCAAAAUUGCAUUUCCUCUUUUGAAGUUGAUGGUAGUUUAUAUCCUGCAACCUUUUAUAGUUAAGGGCGAAGAACUAUAAUUGUUAGUAAUAAAAAGAUAACAUGCAGAAACAGGAAAAUCAGCUCAAACUAGCCCUACUAGCUCAAAUCCCAGUCCUUAGCCCAUUAACUCAUAUGAUAGGCUUACAUAAUGUAUCUACCUGCUA